GUUAUGGUUCAGUGGAUCUAAAGCGCGAGAUUUGUUUUGGUAGAUCGUCUCGUCUUAUUUUAGUAUUACUGUAUUCUGAGAUAUCGCAGGCGUCGUUCGCAAACCCUUAUUUCAGUAAAUAUGGCAAUGCAAGUACACGAACAACAGGAAGAUGCCGAAGAAGAGGAGGUUAUGGGCCCACUUCCCAUCGCAAAAUUAGAGCAAUGUGGAAUAAGUGCAAGUGAUAUAAGGAAACUUUCAGAAAAUGGAUACCAUUCUGUGGAAGCACUUGCUUAUGCUACGAAGAAGGAACUUGUUGGAGUAAAAGGAAUAAGUGAAGCAAAAGCUGAGAAAUUGACGCUUGAAGCAGCGAAAUUAGUGCCGAUGGGUUUUACAACUGCGACAGAAUUUCAUCAAAGGAGAUCGGAAAUAAUCCAAGUAACUACGGGAUCAAAAGAAUUAGAUAAGUUAUUACAAGGUGGAAUUGAGACUGGAUCAAUAACAGAACUCUUCGGAGAGUUCAGAACAGGAAAAUCACAAAUUUGUCACACAAUUGCUGUUACAUGCCAGUUACCUGUUGACCAAGGAGGUGGCGAAGGUAAAUGUAUGUACAUUGAUACUGAAGGUACUUUUCGACCUGAACGAUUGCUUGCUGUAGCUGAAAGAUAUGGAUUAAGUGGUUCAGAUGUACUUGAUAAUGUUGCCUAUGCAAGAGCAUACAACAGUGAUCAUCAAACACAACUUUUGGUUCAAGCUGCUGCUAUGAUGUCAGAAACGAGGUAUGCUCUACUUAUUAUAGACAGUGCAACAGCUUUGUAUAGAACUGAUUACAGUGGUCGAGGUGAAUUAUCUGCUCGGCAAAUGCAUCUUGCCAGAUUUUUACGGACAUUACUACGACUUGCUGAUGAGUUUGGUGUUGCCGUGGUAAUCACAAACCAAGUUGUAGCUCAAGUAGAUGGCGGAGCCAUGUUCUGCGCGGAUCCAAAGAAGCCAAUCGGAGGGAACAUAAUGGCUCAUGCUUCAACUACAAGACUCUAUCUACGUAAAGGAAGAGGAGAGACAAGGAUUUGUAAAGUUUAUGAUUCUCCUUGCUUGCCAGAAUCAGAAGCCAUGUUUGCAAUUAAUGCAGAUGGAAUUGGUGACGCAAAAGACUAGAUUAAUAGAUCUAGUCUUUUGAUUACAUCAAGACUUGAUCACUUAAUAAGUCCUUGUUUUAAGGUUUUUAUAAACAGUCUGGUUCUUACAGAAUUCUAGCCUAAAGGGCACAAAGAGAUUGUUAACGAUUAUGAUCAUUUGUUCUCUUGAAAUGCUUCCGUUUUUGUGAAAUAUAUCUCUUUUCCGUUCCAUCUGACUGACCACUUUGGGCUGACUGAAACUACUGUACCUUGCCACUUGGUGAACUGUAAAAUCUUACGCGUCUUAUGGAAAAUUAAAAGUGCAGGCAUCCCGUGGCUUAGAAUUUUUAUUAAACGAUUGUCUGUGUUUCUGUUCUAAUUUUCUCGUCACAAACCUCUCACAGAGCCUAGAAUUUUAAUUACUUUUAUUCAAAUGGUGUUUGUUUUUUAUUCACUCAUUUUUAGCCUUACAGUGAGGUAACGCCAUCCCUCUGCUGACACUGCCUGGUUUUUUCAUGAUUUAUUGAACUUCUCUUUCAAAUAUACUUCUAUUUGUACAGCA